AUGCCGAUUGAGAAUGAGGAUGAGAUGGAGAUGGAAGAAGGAAGGAAAGCCGCACGGUGCUUGCACGCAGGUACACUGAAGCUGCGUUUUGGCGUCGCUCGUGUCACACAGCUCGCAUCGCACGCUAGCGUCGGCCAACACGGCAUUGAUUCAUCAGCAACUUCCGGCUGCACGAUCACAGCGACAGUACGAGCUUCGUCGUCAUGGAAAGCGGUCCCUCUUCGGAUCAUCGGCAGCAGCAAUGUGUCGGACUUUGAUUUAGUGGCGCCACAGUAUCAGGAGUGA